CCGGCACCUCUGCUGUUCUCGCGGAUCGCUUCCGCCUCGCCGCUUCUGUUCCGGCUGCUGCCUACUUGGUUCGGCGCGUCCUGCGGAGCUGUGUUAGAGAGGGAGGUGAAUCCGGUCGGCUGGAACCGGAGGCUGAGUGAAGGCGGAGCACUGUAACUUGUCCUCCGCAGGCGCGGAGCGUGCGGCGGCUGCUCGGCGUCCUGGCGGCUUCCCGAGCCCUUAAGCGGCCGUGCCUCGCCGCGGGGUCGGUGAGCAGUGCCCGUCUCUCGGCUGCCCUUCGGGAGCGUGAGCGUCCCGCGAGUCCCGGCCCCGCUGCCGGGAGUGACUCUCGCCGCACCUGCACCCACGUCGGUUAAGAUGGGUGAUGCGUGGCCAGAUAGAUGGCAUGUUGGGGAGAGAUGCCUUGCACCUUGUCCUGAAAAUGGAAAGUUUUCCGAAGGAACAAUAUCAUCUAUUGGAAAGGACAAGAAUGGAAAACCAUUUGCUGUUGUAUCGUUCUUGGAAUCUGAAGAUAAGAAAAUACUAAUAUCUGAGCUCUAUAGAGUUGAAACUGGUAGAUGUUCCUGGAAGAGUGUAAUAUUCGAUGAUGGUGACCUGGAAAAGCCUUAUUUUCCUGGCCAAAAUCUUCCAUCUUCAUCAGUUGCUUUUAAGUUAUCUGAUAAUGGUGAUUCUAUCCCAUAUACAAUGAAUAGAUACCUACGUGGUUAUCAAAGGGAAGGAGCCCAAUUUCUCUAUUGGCACUAUGCUAAUAAAAGGGGAUGCAUUCUUGGAGAUGAUAUGGGCCUUGGAAAGACAGUACAGGUCAUUUCAUUUUUGGCUGCAGUGUUACGCAAAAAAGGAACACGUGAAGAUAUUGAAAAUAAUAUGCCAGAAUUUUUACGGAAAACAGUGGAAAAAGAAUCAAAAUGUAACCCUAAGAAGAUUUUCCUCAUAGUGGCCCCUCUUUCAGUGCUGUAUAACUGGAAGGAUGAGUUAGACACAUGGGGGUACUUUAAGGUCUCUGUCUUACAUGGCAGUAAAAAGGAAGAUGACUUGAAUCGCAUCAAGCAAGGGAAAUGUGAAGUUGCCCUUACAACAUACGAGACACUUCGCCUGUAUUUAGAUGAACUUAACAAUGUAGAUUGGUCUGCUGUCAUAGUGGAUGAAGUACACAGAAUCAAGAAUCCAAAGUCUCAAAUAACACAAACCAUGAAGUCCUUAAAAUGCAGUGUUCGCAUAGGCCUUACUGGAACCAUACUUCAAAACAAUAUGAAGGAACUUUGGUGUGUGAUGGACUGGGCUGUACCAGGACUUUUGGGUAGUAGAAUGAACUUUAAGAAGAAGUUUUCUGAUCCAGUGGAGCGUGGCCAGAGGCACACUGCAACUAAAAGAGAGCUAGCAACAGGUCGUAAGGCGAUGGUGAAGCUAGCAAGAAAAAUGUCUAGCUGGUUUCUGAGACGUACAAAAGUGCUUAUCAGUGAUCAGUUGCCAAAAAAAGAAGACAGAAUGGUGUACUGUUCCCUGACAGAAUUCCAGAGAGCAGUGUAUGAGGCUGUGCUGAAGACAGAGGAUGUAAGCCUAGUAUUAAGAGCAGGAGAACCCUGCAGCUGCAACAGCGGCCGUGUGAGGAAGAACUGUUGUUACAAAGUUAAUUCCCAUGGUGAAACAGUUAAGUCUCUGCAGUUCAGUUAUUUGACGAUCCUACAGAAAGUUGCGAAUCAUGUUGCAUUGCUGCAGACGGACAGCACUAGCAAACAGCAGGAAACACAUAUCAAACGGGUUUGCAAUGAGGUGUUUUCCAGUUUUCCAGAUUUUGUGCAGUUAAGCAAAGACGCAGCCUUUGAAACAAUUUCAGAUCCAAAGUACAGUGGAAAAAUGAGGGUCCUUCAGCAGCUUCUAAAUCACUUCCGAAAUAACAAGGAUAAAGUUCUUCUCUUCUCCUUUUCCACGAAGUUGCUGGAUGUGCUGGAGCAAUACUGUAUGGCAUCUGGGCUAGAUUUCCGAAGACUUGAUGGAAAUACGAAAUCAGAAGAUAGGAUCAGAAUUGUAAGAGAGUUCAACAGAGUUCAAGAAAUUAACAUAUGUCUUGUAUCUACCAUGGCUGGUGGGUUAGGUCUUAAUUUUGUUGGUGCCAAUGUUGUUAUACUGUUUGAUCCAACGUGGAACCCAGCAAAUGAUCUUCAAGCUAUUGACAGAGCUUACAGGAUUGGCCAAUGCAAAGAUGUUAAAGUGUUUAGACUGAUAUCCUUGGGAACUGUGGAGGAGAUGAUGUACUUACGACAAGUUUAUAAGCAGCAACUUCACUGUGCAGUGGUUGGAAGUGAAAAUGCUAAGCGAUAUUUUGAGGCAGUGCAAGGAUCAAAGGAGCAUCAAGGAGAGCUUUUUGGGAUCCAUAACCUUUUCAAACUUAGGACUCAUGGAUCUUGUCUUACUAAAGACAUCCUGGAGAGGGAAGGACAAGUAGAAGCUGGAAUCAUGACAGUGAAUACUUGGCUAAAAGAAGAACCUCCUCAGAGCAGUUCAGAAAAUUGUGAACAGCCAGACUGUGGAGGAGCGAGAGGUCCUUCAAGCCAUAAGGCACAGUUAGAAAGAGAAGAAACUGAUUUUCGUGAUUAUUUUAGUGAUGAUGAUAUUCUGGAAUCAUCCAUGAAGGAAAGUGAUAGGAAGAAGCCUUGCAGCACAUAUAAUGUAAUGAAAGGAAAGAGACAGCUUUCCUUAGUGCAAUGUGGAUUCUCUAACUUGUUGCAGAGAGAAAUUGAAGCUACCAAAAAAAGUGGUAAUAAUGACUUUCAUCGUUCAGGUUCUGAUGGUCAGACUAUAAGAACAUGUAUCAGCAGCAAGAGAAAUGAUGUUCAGAAAUGUGAAAACUAUGUGCGCAUUUUGAAGCACAAGAGAGCUGCUUACUCACCAAGUGGAACUGAUACACAAGACAUGCAUAGUGCAGAUUGUCUUGUUUUAUCAGAUUCUGAAGAAGUGGACAGAGAAAAUGAAGAUCUAAGCAUUUCAAGGCAAAGUGAUGUAGUAAUGGAAACUGAAAGCAGUUCUGAAGAAAACUAUGAUGUCGUCUUUCCUACCCAGUUUCCAGCAAAUGACCAAAUACUGCAUACUAAAAAAACUGAAUGUCAGACAUCAGCAUCUGAAAAUUUUGAAGAGUCACUAAAAGAAAUAAAUAAGUUUGUACUUAAGGAAGAAUGUAUGGAAUCCAAAUUGCCUAGAGCUGAAUCAAAUUUCAGCAAAAUUGUGUUUUUUAAAAACAUGAAAAACAGUGCAAGAGGCUUGAAAGGUGCAAGCAGUGUAAGUGAUGAGUCUGAUGAUAUUGAAAUUCCUUGUCAUUCUGAAUCAGAAAAGUUAAGAACAUUCAACUCCGUGAAAGGGAAACGAAGGCAUACACAUAGUGCACUAGGCAAAUUCUCAAAAUCUCCGCCUCAAAGGAAGAAGACUUGGAGAAAAGAAAAAGAAAGUGAUGCUCGUAAUAUAGAUGAAUUUUCAUCCUCUGAAGAUAACUUACAGGUUGAAAAGAUUCAUACCCAAGAAAAAAGGUGUAAGUGUAAAAGACAGAGAUGCAGAGGUCAGUUCAUAUCUAAAAUGCUCCAUCCUGUUCAGGAUAGGAUGUACUCUGUUGCACAGAUGAAAGCUAAUGAUUAUGCUGUGCAUAGAAGUUCUACUGAUAGAGCUCAGUGUGACCGUCAGAAUCAAAAUGUGGGAUCAAUGGACAGAUAUUUAGAUGGGGUUCAAGAAGUGGCAUAUAUGCACUCAAAUCAGAAUGUGGUUGGAUCAAGCAAGGCUGAGAAUCACUUGAGCUGGUGGGCCAUGCGAGACGUAUUUGAAUUGAAGCAGUUUUCCCAGCUCCCUGCUAAUAUAGCAGUCUGUAGUGCCAAGAAAACUAAAGAAAAGCCAGAAGAAGUGAUAGCGGGGAAGAACAUUAUGAAUAGAGAGCAUGGAAUUAUGGUGAACAGUAACUGCUAUAACUUGUACCUUUUGCAUCCAGUGAUCCAGAGAAUCACUAAAGUACAUAGGGUGGGUUCGGUCACCUUCUUGAUUGGAAAGACGCCCAAAGAAAUCCGCAGGAGACAAUUUGAGGAAAUUGUAUCCCACUUUAAAAUGGGAUCAAUGAAAGAACUUGCGGAACAUAUUGCAAAAGCUACAUCAGAAUCACGGCGGAAGUUGCUGAGGGAAUUUUAUGUUUCAAAGCAUCCAGAAAUUGAGUCCUUGUUUCCAGUGGAUGUACCAGCACAGGUUGCACACAACUAUGAAGAAGAAGAUGCAGCUGCAAGAAAAUCAAGGAAAAGAAAAUGUGUUGUUAUUUCUGGAAGAUGCAAGUCUGGACCUUCAUCAGAUGAAGAAUUUCUUCCAAGUGGAACUACAAAACUGCAGAAUCAGCAAAGCUGUGAAAUAGAGCAACUUCGCAAUAACUCAUGCUUGCAAGAUACUAUGUGUGUUGAUGCAAAAUAUAAACAGUCACCUACUGCUGCAACUCAGCAUACUGAGAGGAGUAACAAUCAGGCAUUCAAGGAUUUUGUGGCAUCUGGUUCAUUAAACAGUAAAUCAGAAAUAAUUGAGGUCCUGUCUGUAAAAAGCUCUGAAGGACAGCAGGACCCAGAAGUAGCAGAAAUGCCAAGAAAAAGAUCACCGUCUCUGUCAGAAAACAGGGAGAAAAGAGCUAAGACUGACAAGAAGUCUUUUGUGGACUUACUUGGAGAUACCUCUAUUCUCAAUGUUCUCUUCAGAAAUGGUGGGAAAAAACCUACAGAGUCACCGCAGAGAAUCCCUUUGGAGCAAAUAGAAAAAUCAAAGGAUAGACCAAAAGAUUUCUGGGACAUGCUGAAUGAGCAAAAUGAAGAGAGCCUUAGAAAGCUCACAGACAUGACAGUUAUAGAGGACCUAUGUGAAAGAGCACCUCAUCCACCACUGACAGGAAAGACACAGGUGUGUGAAAAUUCUCUUUGGAAAGAAAAUGAAAACUUUCUAUGGAAAAGAUACAGUUCAGAUGGUUCAGAUGAACCAUCUUCUGCUACAUCUUUUAAUAUAGUAAAAUGAUAGUUUUCUACAUGAGUUGUGCUAGAAUUGUUUUAGUUAAAUGAACAUUAAAAUAUGUACAACUUCAGUAAUAUGCAACAAAACAUGAUACCUCCAUAAAUUUGAAGGCAAAGUGAUGAAUUCCUAUUUAUGAUAACCUUGAUUUACAUUUUACAUUGCCUGUACUGUAUAUUAUUACUAAGCUAUGGCAAACUAAAUUAAGAUUAAAUUAUUUUAAAAUAUUUUGAGUGCACUUGCUUUGUUGAACAAUGAUAAUAAUCCUAGAUCUUAAUAUUCCUGAUGAUAUUCCUGGCAUUGGUAGUAGUACUGAGCAGUUUUCUCCCUUUGCUUACAUUUUCUAUCCUCACACAUCCUGUCAGAAUCUAUGUUAACAUGAUUUUGAUUAGUCUGACUGUAAAGCUGUUGAGCUUCUAAUAUUUAUUUAAUUAUUUAUUUACUUGGUAUUGUUCGGCAGUGAGUUCUUCAUGUUAAUGUGAAGGAUGACCUAUUUAUUUAUUUAUUUAUUUUGUUACCUGACACUCUUGGUGUGAAAUACCCAUCAUAUUAAACGAUGGCGCACAUCAAAUUUUAUCUGUCAUGACACUUCCUCUCUCUAAUUGAUUUAUAUAGACUUCUGUUAUGUCACUGUUGGAAGGUGUGGUCUGGACAGUUCUUUAGUGUUAAUAGUUUUUCUAUGCAAGGAAGAAUGUUUCCAUUUUAAAAUGUGUGUUUUCUAGUGAAUUUCAAGAACACCUUAGUGACAUUCGGUACUUCAUACUCACUGUUGUCUCUGUUUCACACAUGUGACCAUUUGGUAUGAGAAUAAAUGAGUGAGACAAAAAUGAAAGCUGUAAUUUCUUGCUCAGCACAAAUGAACCAAGUUUCCUUUUGUGAGCAUUGCAUACUGAAAAAAAAUUUUAAAUUUUAAAUAAAAUAUUUAAAUAUGAUAUCUGAUUGCAUGUGCAGUUAAAAUCA